GCAGUCACACUAAAACACCGGACGGGCUUUUACUGCAGAUCUAAACAGGAAACACACCCAUACACAUCUGUGGACAUACCUCAGGAGCCCGAGUGUUGAGGCGGGAGACACUAGCGGACAAAAGAUGGCAAACAUCUCACGGUAUCUCGUCAAUCACCUGUUGACAUUUUCACUCCAGGGUGGGGAGGUGAAGAGCGUGGAGGAGGCCCAGUCACGUCUCUCCUUGCUGGCUCAGGCCAAUAAACUGUGGAGCCAACAGAUGAUCGUGGAAGUGGGACCAGAGGCCAUUUUACUGCGAGACGUACAGAGCCAGGACGAGCUGGAGAGAUACUCUGUCACAUCCGUGUAUCGCUGCGAAGCCAUUCACACAGAAAAACGCUUCCCGUCCCUCCUCCUGCUCGUCUGCCGGAGUGAAGAUCAGAAGAAACCAGACAUUCACUUCUUCAACUGUGAGACUGUGAGCGCUGAACACAUUUGCAAUGACAUCACAGGCGUGGUUUCCGGCUCCUCCUCCAACAGGGGCAGGCAGCUCCCCGCCGCCCUCAGGCUUCCCCAGAGUGCAGGAGGGAUGAUCGACCCCUACGAAAUCCCAAACCCCCCUAUCCCACACGCUCCCAACCCCCCACCGGCCAACCCUCCACCUUACCCAGGACCCAGAGUGAACGGUGUGAACAGCGGGCCCGACACCUCCUUCCUGCGAGCGGAGAGGGAAGUGGGGAUCCUCAAUCACUGUUUCGACGACAUCGAGAACUUCAUGGCCAAGCUGCAGCAGGCAGCCGAGGCGGCCACGGUGCUGAACCAGAGGAAGAAGAAGAAGAAGAAAAGCAAAAAGCAAAAUGCUGAAGAAGAUCUACUCACUGCAAAGGCUCGCCCUCCACCAGAGGAGGAAUUCAUUGAUAUCUUCCAGAAAUUCAAAUAUUGCUUCAGCCUACUGGCCCGUCUGAAGUCAGCUAUCUCCAACCCUUCCUCAGCAGAACUUGUGCACCAUGUAUUCAAACCUCUGGAUAUGAUGGUGAAAACGACGGGUGGGCCGGCCUUGGCAGCCUCGGUGGCGAGCCCUGCCAUGACCAGCUCUGCCAUCUACCUGCUGCAAGGCACCCUCAGCGAGGAGGAGAGGCAGCUGUGGACCUCCCUGGGCCCCAACUGGACGCUCCCUCGCUCUCAGCUCAGAGGGCCCGUCGCACCGUACACACCAGUGUUCUCAGACGGCUGGAAGCCAGAAGCCUCGAGGCCAGACGGGCAGGUUUGGGAGGAUCCGGUCGAGUCACAGCACAAACAUGAAGCCCUCCGAGAAAAACAGGAGCAGCAACAGCAGCAGCAGCAGCAGCAGCCGCCACCUCAGCUUGUCAGACCUCCUGUCCCUCAUAUCAGUGAUGAAAUAGACAGCAGCGCACCUCUACCAGAGAGACUCUACAGCUGCAGUUACGACUUUGUGGCCAGGAAUAACAGUGAGCUGUCAGUGCUGCAGGGAGAUACACUUGAGGUGAUUGAAUCGUCCAAGCGCUGGUGGAAGUGUCGUAAUCGGUUCAACGAGGUUGGCUUUGUUCCCUUUAACAUCCUGGAGCCUGUGGCUCACAUAGACAGCCCGGUCAACACCAAGCCUCCCAAGGCUCCAGCCCCACCUCCCCUGACUUCCUCUGUGGUCCCUCCCAGCCCUCCCACUCCACCACAGGCCCCGUCGCCCCAGCGUCCACGCAGCUUGCCGCCUUACAGCCAACAUAUACCAGCCGCAGAGGACACAGACAGAGUCAUGCAGGUGAAUGACGAGCUGCUCCAGAGGCUGACCAAUGGAAAGGCGGGUCUGAACAAACCGCUGGUCAUCCCUCGUUCCUCGGACACGUCUGUUCCCCUGGACUACGACUCGCCUCCGGACGAGGUGGCCGAGUGGCUCAGAGGGAAGGGCUUCAGCGAACCCACGGUGUCGUGUCUGGGCGUGCUGACAGGUGCCCAGCUCUUCUCCCUCAACAAGGAGGAGCUCCGUGCUGUGAUUCCUGAGGAGGGCGCCAGAGUGUACAGCCAGCUCACUGUGCAGAAAGCACUGCUGGAGGAUGCCCGAAAAGCCACAGAAUUGGAGGCAGUAAUGGAGAAACAGAAAAUGAAGGUUGAUCUGAAACUGGAGAGCAGCACAUUAUGAAAUCCAGGAGUCUACAUCAUGGAUUUCAUACAAACUAUUUCUUAUUCUGGAAUCCCCAAAUAUUCCAGUAUAAAAGAUAUUGGAUUGGAUUUUUUUUUUUUUUGCCCCAGAGGACUCUAUCUGCCCCUGAGGGCCUUGACCAUGAAAUCAGAUGAUCCUGUGCGUCAUUUCUGACGUUAAUCUAAAAUCCAAAGUGUUUAGCCUCGCAUCUGGAAUCAAAUUCUUUUUGACACAGUAACAGUGCAAAUUAAAAAUGACUUUAAUUUUGAAAGACCUAAUGUGUGUUGUACACAAUGUUGACAUGUAUUCCUUCUGCCUGAUAGUGACGACUAACUUAAAUGAAUGUAUUUAUCUUUUGUUUGUAUAAUACAAGUCUUAUUAUUCUAGCUAGCCUAUGAUUUCUCACCAGCUCUUGUGCAUCUUACCCUUACAAGAAAGGGCCAAUA